CGAGUGUGCAAUGAAAGUGUCCCGACACCGCGCGCUCUCUCGCAGUUCUCGAGAAACGGACACGCGUUUACAUUCCUUCAUGUGAUCCGCAACUCUUUACAUCCUUCCUGUGUUUUCUUUCUUCUUCUUUUCUUUUUUUUUCAUUUAGUUACUUAUUUGUAUCACUCAUUAUGGCUUGGCCGUGCAUCAGCAGAGUCUGUUGCCUGGCCCGGUUCUGGAACCAGUUCGAUAAAUCGGAUUUGUCCGUUCCGCUUACGAUACAGAACUACUCGGACAUCGGGGAGCAGGAGGUUCGAUCCGUCGCCAAACUGGUUUCCACGGAACAGGCGCCGAGAGUCGAAUACUUAACGCCGGAUCAGCGCGAUGCCGCCGGACUCCGACGCCCGCACCGGGGACGGACGGAACCGAGUUACAAACCCCGGGAGGACUAUCAUCCCCCGGGCGUGCCUUUCCCGAGCGUGACCCAGUAUAAACAGGAUUACAAACACUGGCCCAUCCCGAAAAAGGAUAACUUUCCCUGGAUCAGUAACGGAGCCAAGAGUGGCAUAAAGACGGAUAGCCCGGUAAACGGGUUAUCUAACGGCACGACGCAGCGGAGCAGGCAGAGAGGCGGAGAUCAGAUCAGCUCAUACAGACAGGAGUACCAGCCUUGGUCUGGAACUCUGCCAUCAAAGCCUUCCCACAAACGGCCCACCGUCUUGGGUACAGGAGCUGACAAUGCCCCGCCGGCAACCAGCUACCAGGCUGCUUUCAGCAUGGACACACACAGACACACAGACGGUGUAUUGGAGUCAAGCAUACAACCACAGCAGAGCGGUCGGACGGAGGUCAGCAAUAAACCAGAGGAGCAGAUGUUGAAGACCAAGCUGUCACCCAACCCGUCAGCCGUCUUUCAAAGCAAAUCCAGGAUCUUCAACAUAUGAUCCAUCAAUGAAGAGCGACGCACACACAUUCACGAGACAAGAAACCCAUUUGAAGGAAUGUUUAGAGACAAAUGAAUGUUGGGAAAUGUCUACUUCGAGAUCUUUUAAUGAAACUUGAAUGGAUAAGCAAGAAAAAUAACUAUUGCAACAAAGCAAAAGAUUCUCUAAAUCGUUCCACAAAGGACAUAACAGAACUGGAGGAAAUUUGCUGGAAAUUUACACCACGUAAAAUCUAUGCAAGAGGAUGUAUGCUUAAAAUGUCAACCAUCUAUGAAAGCAUUUGUGUUUGGAAUACACAUCAGGGUUAAGACUUUUGAGAGAAAGAGUGUGUAAAGGAGGCCUUGAAACGUUUGUACCAAAAAAAACGAUUGUGUUGACCUUGCCCUCUGAAUUAAUAUUUGCAUGUUUCUAAUAAUUUUAUGAAUUGUUUAAAUAUGCAAAUAAAUGUUUAACAACACAUAGAAAAAAGGAACAAAAAUGUAAUACGGUUACUCAGUGUGGGUAUGUGUGUACAGUACAAUCCUAGUAGUAAUACGUGAUUUUGUGUAUAAUAAUGUCGGCCUGCUCUUAUUGAUCCGUUCAUGUCUGCCUGAGAACGCUGGAUGCUUCUAAUUGUUGUUUUUUCGCUCCGGCGCCUGCUGGCCAUUUAAAAAGACCUUACGUCUUCGUUAGCACUUUAACAUUUACUUUCACUGAAUUGGGAUGAUGCUGAGGGGUGGGGUCCAAGUUUUUGUAAAUUUGGUUUAGAAAGCGACAAAAUGAAGAAAACACUUUAAAUAAAAAUGAUCUUUAAAUGUG